ACUGUCCGCUUGGUGGCAGCAGCGCGUCAACAAUUUUCCGGUGACUCGGUCAGAGGAAAUGCGAAGGAGAGAAAGCUUAUGGUCCAUGUGUGACAAGAUGGCGUUGUCAUCUCGUUUGGGUUUGUGUAGUCGCUUUGGGAGAACCGCAGGCGCCUUCCUGCUCGUUAAUAAACAACCGACAGUCCCGCUUACCUGCAGGUGUUAUGUCGCCGUUAGCCAUCGAAAUCAGUUGCAGUUCAAACUGGAUGAGCGUACGGCCCACAGCAGCUUGGAUCUCUUCAAGAAAGACACCGGUGUGAUCUACCGCAUGCUCGGCCUAGACCCGAGCCAUGUCCAAGAUUCCCCGCUGCGUUUUCGUGACUGGGCCGUCGUGUUUGCCGACAGCCACGUUGAGACUGGGCGUCACUACUGGGAGGUCACGGUUAAAAAGUCGCAGGAGUUUCGCAUUGGCGUUGCAGAAACAGCAAUGGCUCGUGAUGAGUGCAUUGGCACGAACAUGUCUUCGUGGGUCUUCUCCUACAUGCACAGUAAGUGGUAUGCCAUGACCACCAACAAGCAGGUGCCUGUGUCACUGGUGGGGAAGCCGGAUCGAGUAGGGUUGUUUGUAGACUUUGACGCUGGCAAGCUCAGUUUAGUAGAUCCCCAGACUGCCAAGGUGGUGCACUCGAUAAAGACUUGUUUCCCAUCACCGAUCUGUCCAGCUUUUGCACUCUGGGAUGGGGAAAUGCUCACACACUCUGGGUUGGAGGUGCCAUCAGGGCUUAAUUAGAGUUCACACAUGCCUCCUUCAACCUUUUUUGGAUCCACAUAGCAAUAAGCAAAGUCUGUGUUCUAAGUGAAAAGCAGUACCUCAUGUCCAUGGAAUUAUCAGAAAUAACUAAGCUGACUGUUUAGCCAGAUAUCCAAAUAAACCUUGUUGGGAUAAAAAUGCUGACGAGCCAUAGGACUGACACAUUAAUACAUGCAACAUGUAAACAAAUAUAUUAAGCUGAUAUAUGAUGGGUACAACAUCAUCUACUGAUUCCAGAAGAUAAAUUUAUGGCAGUGAACAUCUCACCUCUCUAUUCAUGUUCUGUGUGUGCAUUUUCAUGAUAUGUGUUUAAUAAAAGUGACUGUGUAGCAGUGA